CACUGCUUUGCGCUGCCAAGGAGAAGCAGUCAGAUGUGCUCGAACCAAAUAUCACCUGGAUUCUGGCAUUCAUGGUGACACACUCUUCCUCUGUGGUUUAUGGGUUCGGAGUGGCUGGAGAAGAGGAAGAGGCAGAUGCAGGUUCACCAGGAGGCGGCCGCCACCGUCCUGCAUGCACGCGACGCCAUGCGCAAGACGCCUCCCAACAACGCGUCCAACGCGUGCUGCUUCUGCUGGUGCUGCUGCUGCAGCUGCUCCUGUCUGACAGUUCGCAGCGAUGAGGAGACGGUCCCGAGAGGUCUCGAGCGGAGAACAGACGUCUUGGCCGUGUGUGACGACAGCCCUAAGCCCACCCUGGAGGAUGCUCGAUCAUGGUCCAUGUCCUUCGAGCGUCUGAUGAAGAGCGCGGCUGGGCGAGGGUGUUUCCGGCAGUUCUUGCGGACGGAGUUCAGCGAGGAGAACAUGAUGUUCUGGCUGGCCUGUGAGGAGCUGAAGAAGGAGACCAACAAGACGGUGGUGGAGGAGAAGGUGCGGCAGGUCUACGAGGACUUCAUCUCAAUCCUGUCCCCUAAAGAGGUGAGUCUUGACUCACGGGUCCGAGAGGUGAUCAACCGCAACAUGCUGGAGCCCACCUCCCAUACCUUCGAGGACGCCCAGAAGCAGAUCUACACCCUGAUGCAGCGGGACUCGUACCCACGCUACAUGAACUCCUCCGCCUACACAGACCUGCUCAAGGACCUGGAGGAGCCCAAGACUGAGCCCUAGGGGGUCCCAGGUUAGGGCACUUAGUCCCCCGCACCCCCUUAUGUUGUGAGUAGACGGGUAGAACAAUAGCUAGCACUCUACUGGUGUUAACUCCCAUGAUGCACUAGAGAUGGGUUCAUUCAAUAGAUCAGGAUAUUCCAAACCUAGGGCUCCGCAGAAAAUGCUGUGUUGUUUUCUCAUCAGGGCUGGGCCAACUAACCGCUAAUUGUGCUCCACAGGGAGCCCCGACAAACGAUCCUUGGUUAAGUGAAAACAAUCCAUGUACAAAGAAUGAGGUCAACUUUUAUGGGUCAAGGUGGUAAGUUGACGCCAGUGUUUGUCAGGGAUCAUUUAAACCCGGCAAUUCUUUCGUUUGGAUGGACCUUUCAGACGCACUGUUUCUGGCACCUUCCAAAAAUUAAUAUGACAAGUCGAUAAAAAAGCUGAUAGAACGCUCAACAGACACAGGAUGGAUACGGUAAAGGCGUCAGAAAGACUGGAUACAGGAUAAUCUAGUGAUCAGGGUAUUUGACUCCAAGCCUCUACCUGUAGAUCUUUGAGAGCGACAUACCCCCUGACCCCUACCUGUUCCUAAACGACCUGCCUCUGUUCUGUUUAACCCCUCCCUGCAGAUUAAUGACAUAUUUCUGUACUGUCUAACCCCUACCUGCUCCGUAAUGACCUGUCUCUGUAAUUUCUAACCCCUACCUGCUCCUUAACGGCAUGUAUCUGAAGUAGCUUUAGAUAAAAGAGCCUGAUUAAUGACUUAAAACGUGAAAUAGUAAAUAGACAUAAACAUGCACUUGUGAUACAAUGCAUGUAGGAUAUCAGACUAAGCUGAUGUUUACGGUUUCUUUCAGUUUGAUUUGUGAAAACAGGAGAAACAAAAGGAUAGUCCAACAGUGCAUAUUAAUAUUAUGUGUCGGAAAAUCAUCACAUAUGCGUCAGUUUUAGGGCCGUCAAGGUAGAACUAUAUUUCAGUUUCAGGACAUCUUGAAGUUUGUAAUCAAGGUUGAGAUUACAGUAGUGAUGGUUUAGUGUAGGUUUGAGGUUAUGGUUCGGGUACGGUUAAAGUCAGGAGGGAGCAAUGCAUCAUGGGAAAUUAACCACCAGAUAAGUCUGUCUGGUUUUAUCUAAAUAGAUGGGAGAAGAGAAUCCACCCUAAUUGCACUCUUUAUCCAGAGAUAACUUCUGACAGCUCACCAAACCACUCGAGGUGCCCGGCUAGAACCAGUUCAAACCUGUUACAAAAUAACCUCCUAUAUUUUUACAUAUAUAUAUAUAUAUAUAUAUAUAUAAGCGCUUGUUAUUGCACUUUUCUAUGUUGUUCUCUGAAGGACAGCAUGCACCCUUGUGUUAGGACACAUCACACCACGUAAACUACACCUGGUAGAAAAUAGAUUUGAUUUAUUCUUCUUUUAUUUAAGUGCCUUGGAACAAAGCUCUCUCACGCACUUCCGCCGUGGAUCUGAAUGGUGACACUAUGACAUCAUACGUUUGGUGCUCUCAGCUCUGGUCAAAGAUAAGUUCCUCAGAGAAAGGGAUGGGCGAGAGAUGGAAGUGGAGCGCGUGUUGUGGGUUGGAAUACUGUGAGGUUUAGCACGGGGGUGAGUCCAUGACCAUAACCACUGAUAUUAUCUGUGUAUUUAUAAAAACGUUUGUGUGAAACAGUGCUGACCUUUCUCACAACUUGAAUAAAGCACAGUUGUAAUGUUUAUGUUGAACACACUUUGCCCUUGUUUUGCAUGGAUAUUAAUGGAAUAGUCUAUUCUUUCUAAUAUAAUACUACAUCUUCCUACAGAUUUUGUAUGUGGGUUGUGUGCAUGUAUAUAUGUAUGCAUAUCAAUCUGAAUAUUAUAAAAACCUAUGUAAAUUCGUAAACUGUGUUUCUUUUGUCAAUGCUUCGUGGUUCACUUA